AUGGACUUCCAGACACUCCAUGGUGCAGAAAAGCUGCAACAAGUCACCAAACUACUGGGCUCUUUAGAAAAAGACCUAAAUGAAAAAAAGCUCAACAGCACUGUCAAGGUCCAACUACUUCUACAAUUGAGACAACAUGGGACAAACCCAGCUGAUGCCGGUCCCAUCUAUUCAAAAAGGGGAAUGGAGAUUUUGGCGAAAUAUGGUGUCGAUGGAGAAUCUGUAGAUAUCCGUCGAGCUGCCUUGCGCUGUGUUGCUAAUGCUCUUCUGUUGGAUCCAAAGAUGCGUCAGCUAUUCGUAGAUACUGGCCAUGGCGGCAAACUAGCAGAAAAACUUAAGUGCGACUCCUCGGAGGAUGAAAUGGUCAUCAGCCGGAUAUUAUUCCUAUCCACAUACGACACGACCAUGGACUUUGACAAUCUUGUGAAUAAGCAUGGGCUAGGUGAUAAUGUCAACUAUCAAAUUGUCCGACAUGCUAAGCAGUUCCCGAAAUCGCUCAAGAAACCUCUACCUCAGAUUGAUGAGCUCGCUCUUAUUGACACACUGAAGCUCAUUUUCAACGUAUCCAAGAUCUAUCCGGACUUGUCUGCAACAUUUGCGCCUUCAAUUCCUCAUAUAUUUAAGAUGAUCAGUCGGAUUGAAAUCCCUGCCAAGCCAUUGGAUGGCCUGCUUAGCUACCUGCUCAACUCCUUGUCUACUCUUGACCUUGAAAACAAGAAAGGCAAACCUUUUGACAGCAACCCACUAUUCCCGACAUUCAACCAAAACUGUAAUGUUGACAAGCUGAUCAAUAUCUUGGACCAUGCCACGUCAUUGUACAGCCCUGAGGAGCUUGAGACCAAGGCUAUUGCGCUUCUUCAUUCGCUCAUUACCAUCCACGAACUGGCACCGGAUGGGCCCCGUAAAUACAUGCAGUGGCUACUCUUGCCAGACGACAACGACAGGAAUCAGCCUAUCGGACAAUCCGACACGCUUUCUUCCAAGUUGCUGAAGCUCUCCACCGCACCAUACCCCAAUCUGAAAACCGCUAUUUCGGAGCUCAUGUUUGUCCUCUCAGGAAAGAACGCCGAAAAUCUUACGAAGAAUAUCGGAUACGGAUUUGCUGCAGGACUACUCGCCACCCGUGGCAUGGAGAUCCCCAAGACUGCCGGAGAGGCAUUCGCCGCGGAAAGGUUCGACUCUGAGAUUAACCCCAUCACCGGUCAAAGAUGGGCCUCGGAGAAACAGGAUACAGGUCCACCCAUGUCCCAGGAAGAGAAGGAGAGAGAGGCUGAGCGGCUGUUUGUGCUUUUUGAGAGGGCCAGAGCCAACGGUAUCCUCAAGGUGGAGAACCCCGUCGCGCAAGCUGUCCGUGAGGGAAGGCUGGAAGAAUUACCUGAUUCGGAUAGUGAUUGA